UCCUGUUCUUGGUUGCUGCAGAAGUUCUGGUUUUUUUUUUCUCUCUUUCUUCUGGAGCUGGAGCCAUUCAACACAAAGCAGUUCAAUUCCUUGGUGUCCUAAUGAUCUCAAUCACUUCUGCAAAAGAAGAGAAGAUGGAGAGGACCAACCAAUUAUACAGUAGAGAAUUCCAAACAAUUUUGGAUAGUCUAGAAGAAGAUGACAACUCAGAGGAAACUAGUCAAACCACAGAGAAGAAACGUAGAUUAAAUAUCAGUCAGGUAAGGGCACUGGAGAAGAGUUUUGAGGCUGACAACAAGCUUGAACCAGAGCAAAAGGAAAAACUGGCACAAGAAAUAGGCCUACAACCAAGACAAGUAGCAAUUUGGUUCCAAAACCGCCGUGCCCGUUCGAAGACAAAGCAACUAGAGAAAGACUAUGACAUCCUUAAAGCCAAUUAUGAUGCUCUCAAGGUCAAUUACAGUACACUUGAGCAAGAAAAAACAGUUCUAUAUGAGCAGCUAAACGAAUUGAAAGCCAAGAUCCAGGAAGAGAAUGCAGAUGCUGGUGGAUGUUUUAAAGAAGAGUCCCCUGCAUUCCAGCAGAGUAAAAACCAUGAUCUUUGUGAGCAUGUGAAUGGUCAAGAACUAACAUACCCGGGCUAUUCUUCUCUGGAGUUGAAUGGCUCUUCUUCAUCUGAUCCAUUCAUGUCCGACUCCAGAAUGAUUUUGCAUAACGUUUAUCAACCACAACUAGUAAAAAUAGAAGAGCAGAAUUUUCUGCGGGCAGAGGAUUCCUACAACUUCUUUUCAGUUGAUCAAGCUCCUACUAUUCACUGGUAUUUCCCCGAGCAGUAAAAUCAGAGAAAUCAUCAAAAAGUUCCUAGUGUUAUUAAAGGAAAAUGUUUUUCAAAACUUUGUAAAUUAGGUCCACUUGUUCUUCUUCAUUAACAAAACAAUAUCAGAGCUCAACCCUGCCACACUGGCAGGAAGUAGUUUCCUUGGGAAAUUCUAGGUGUUAGUGUUGGAACUCUGAUGCUUACAUGCUGUGCCAUCUGUUUUAAAAUUUACCUAGUUGCACCAACUAAUGCAAGUGUCGCAUAAAUUAUGAAAACUUGUUCCAAA